UUCCGCCAAACCAUCCGAGGUCCUCCUCUCUCCUUUUCGGCCGCCGUAGUUUAGUUUAAAAAAACGGUUACUCAGCAACACGUAAAACAACAAGAACCGUUCGGCCUCUGCUGGGAGAGAAAGAAGAGGUACCAUAGGCAGUUCUUCCCAGGGAGAUGUCUAUUCCAUUCUCCAACACCCACUGCCGAAUUCCACAAGGAUUCGGGAAUCUGCUUGAAGGACUGACACGCGAGAUUCUGAGGGAGCAACCGAACAAUAUUCCUGCUUUUGCUGCGGCGUAUUUUGAGGACCUUCUAGAAAAAAGAGAGAAAAACAACUUUGAUCCAGCCGAAUGGGGGGCUAAGCUGGAAGACCGCUUCUAUAACAUCCAUGCAUUCCAGGACCAAGAACAAUCUGAGAUAUGUGAACUUAAACAAGAAAUGUCCCAGUCAUCUGUGAAAGAAGAAACACCAGUGACUGCCCUAGAGCUCCCUACUGAUGAAAAAGCAAAAGAGGAGUUGGAAGUUGCUGCUGUCAAAAUACAGUCAGCCUUCCGAGGACAUGUGGCCAGAGAAGAAGUUAAGAAAAUGAAAUCAGAUAAAGGUGAAGAUAAGGAAGAAGUGGAAAAAGAGUGAGGAACACUGGUUUUGCCCCCCCCCCCAGAAAACAUGAAAAAAAAUUCCAUCAAUCUUGUGAUUGUCUUUUUUUUUUUUUUUCUCUUUUUGCUUUCUAACAGAAAUUUGGUAUUAUGGAGUAACAUUUGAUACCAUUGUGGAAAUCUGUCCAGAACAUUUGUUUAAUAAACAUGCAAUUGAUGCACAGCACAAGAUUUCCCUGAGACAUUGAGGCUGGGCUGUACUUACCCCAGUCCAUGUAUAGAUUCCCUUGGAUUCAGCUACAGAGCUGGAAUAUCUGAUGUUUCAGAGAUCUCAAGAGGUUACGUGCUCUAACCAUUAUCUAGUGAGCAAAACCUCUCUAACACAUUCCUGAAAAAUAGUCCUUUGGCUCUUGUUUAGCUUAUAGUAAUAGUAAAUUUUACUGCCUUUCCAAGGAUACUCUUCUUUAGGAUUUGUUUUGUUUUGUUUUGUUUUGUUUUGUUUUGUUUUAUGGUGCUGGGGAAGAAACCCAGGGUUCUGGGCAUGCUGGACCAAUGCUUUUCCUUUGCCACUACUGAGCCACAUCCUGAGUCCCUAACUUUUAAAUAGCUUGAAUUAUUAGAAAGAUAGUAAAACUCCUGAUCUUGUAAAUGUUACCCAUUGAUUUUCAUUUGUCAUAACAUGCAUUCAAACACUCAUUGAGCACAAUUCACAUGCAAGAUUCAGUGGUGAACAUCCACUCAGCUUACAGAGCCACACAGAAUAAGACUAAUAGUAUUAUAUUUGAAAAAAAUAAAAUUUCUAUAGCAUUUAUACUCAAAA